GUUUAACCUUCAAGCCCUUUAAAAACUCCCCUGCUGGAUUUCCCACGGUGCCCUCUCAAUAAUAACAAUCAGGUCAAACCUACAUAGCCAAAUAACUUCUUCAACUCCAAAAUAAUUACACGCGCCCUCUCUGAAAUAAUAGCCCAGCCCUCAACCCCCACACAAAUCAUAUUAUUGUUCAUCCCGAAGCAAACAGACACCUUGGUGGGGCAGUCGCGAGAACUAGUUCUACAACUUUUGAGUAAGUCCGCAAAGUGAUAUUUGGAAAUUCUUCAACAGAUACCGUUUUCGUUGAUGCCGCUGGUCGAUCCGAAUCUAAAAUUACCUUGUCACUUAGCCACGGUCGUCGCUACCGGAUCCCUUUACCCUACACCCCUUCGGAAUGCCCGCAAACCAACGAAAGCAGACAAGCCAGUCAUCAUACUUGCAAAGUCCUAGAAACACUGCGAUUCCGUCAAUGCAGGAUGCUGGAAAGUCCGUAAUUGCACCCAAAUCUAGUACGAGCGAUUCAUCCGAGACAUUCCUCACUAUGGCACAGACUACAACGAAAUCAAAUGGCCAACCGCCCACCCCUUCCGCAAACAUCAAUGGCGUACCUCCUACAGUAAAUCGCAAGAAGCAGAAACGAAGGGCGAAACAGGCCGCUAGGGCUGCUGCAGAACAAGCACAAGGCUCCCAGACGAAUGGUGGACCAUCUCAUGGCGAUGUCAAGAAACAAAUGCAGGAACUAGAAGCACGCUUCCGCGAGACUGGACUAGACGAGCAGUACGAUGACGACGAACAAUUAGAUCCUGCGGAGGAUAAUGCGUAUUAUAGCGACGAGGAAGGUGAUGCAUAUUCUGGCUCGUAUGGUCAUGAUGGCUCCUCAACAAAUGGCUAUGCGAUGCCUGCAACAAACUCCUCGAGUAAGAAACAGAAGAAGAAAAAGAAAUCCAAGUCUUCGCAGUCAGACAAUUCUAAUUACGCACACCACGGUCCAAAUGGUUCAUCACAUAAUCACGUAUCGCUACCAAUUCCUCUACAGUCCCCGCCGAAUAUGCAGAGAGGACCGGGUAUCUCGAAGGAGAAAAUCUGGAAUACAUCAUCGCAAGAAGAACGUGAGAGGAUAAAGGAGUUUUGGUUAUCUCUCGGAGAAGAUGAGCGCAAAUCAUUAGUCAAGGUAGAAAAGGAUGCCGUACUCAAGAAAAUGAAAGAGCAGCAAAAGCAUUCUUGUAGUUGUACAGUCUGUGGUCGCAAGCGCACCGCUAUCGAAGAGGAACUAGAAGUACUUUACGAUGCAUACUAUGAAGAGCUCGAGCAAUAUGCGAAUCACCAAGGAGGUGAUGGUCCUCCACCAAUGAUGCCACCUCCCCGUCGAUUCGGCGCCAUGAGCGGAUUACAGCCACCCAAUCGUUUACCACCAGUUUUUAGCGGGCAGCAACCAUCAAGGGGUAGGAUAGUAGAGCAACUUGGCGAUGACGAGGAUGAAGAAGGGGAUGAGGAGUACAGUGAAGAUGAUGCGGAUGAAGAUGAUUAUAGUGAUGAAGAACCCGAAGAAAUCCCAAGAAGUCACGCCACAGACUUUUUUAAUUUUGGUAACAGUCUCACGGUACAGGGUGGGAUUCUUACCGUAGCGGAUGAUUUACUCAAAAAUGAUGGAAAGAAAUUUAUCGAAAUGAUGGAGCAACUAGCCGAGCGCCGCAUGGCUCGAGAAGAAGAUGCAAAAGAACAGUAUGCUAAUGCGAAUUACGGCCACCCUCCGAAUGGUUCCAUGCAUCCUCAUUCCCACGGACACGUUCAUAAUCACCCACCACCGCCAGAAGAAGACGAUUAUGACGACGAAGAGGAUGAUGAAGACGAGUAUGAUAGCCAGGAAGAGGACUACGAUGAAGAGGAGAUGGUACGUGGAGGACAUUAUAGCUGAUCAUCCUGUACUAACGUAGCACAGGAUUCCAUGACCGAAGAACAGCGAAUGGAGGAAGGACGACGGAUGUUCCAGAUAUUCGCUGCUCGGAUGUUCGAGCAAAGGGUUUUGACGGCCUACAAAGAAAAGGCUUGAACAAAGAGAGGCAGCAAAAAAUCUCCUGGAGAAGAAGCGUCAAAACUCGGCGAGAAAUAGAAGAAAAGAAAGCAAAGCAAAGGCUAAAGAAAAAUCAAAAAGAAAAAAAAAAAAGCGCGCGCGAUCAGGAACAAAGAGAACGACAGGCCGAAACAAAAAGAGCGAGAAAAGGAGAAAGAGGAACUAAGGCGCCAAGCACUGGAAGCGAAAGAGGCCAAGGAAAAGGAGGCCAAGGAACGAAGAGAGAAGCAUGAGAGAGAAGCGAAAAGGAAGCGAAAGUCAAGGCUGACAAGGAAGCCAGAGAGUUACAGAAACGUGAAGAACUUGCCGCUCAGCAGGCUGCUGUUCAAGCUGCUCAAUCGGCCGCGCAAGCUUCAAGACGCCCAAAUCAGGUGCCUACGCCCAACUUGAGUCAUGCAUUAGCUUCACCUCAUAUUUCAGUUGCCAUUCCCGCUGUUCCUAAAGCACCGACUCCCAUCAAGCUUCGAACAAACUCUCAGCAAGAGAACCAAUCAACUAUCCCUAGAACCCCUUCCGGUAAAUAUCAGAGCAUAUCACCUAAUUCCACAACUCCUUUACCGAACAGUCCUGGACCGAUAGGUCCGCCUGGGAAAACACCACUACAACAUCCUUUCUUACAACACCCACAAGCUACUUCUCCGAUACAUUCCGCGCUAAAAGGUCCCCCGGGUAUUCCCCAGAGUCCAUUCGCUGGUAUGCAACCAAUGCCUGGAGGACUUCAACCAGGAUUGCCAAUGGUACCCCCAGGUUUCGGACGACCGCAUCAUGACCCAAUGUUCACUCAUCAGCAACCAAUGGGCAGCCAAUACCGCCCUUUGCCAAUUCCAAAUGGAGGCAUGCCGCAAUUUCAACCCGGAUUUAAUAUGCAUCAUAUGCCACAAGGCAGAGGCUUCCCCAUGCAUGGCCCACCAGGAUUUCCACAACCGUCUCCAAACGGAAUGGCUAGUAUUGGUCAGCUUUUUGGAGCCCCGAAAGAAGCACCACCUUCACAGGCUCAUUCUCGAAACCAAUCUGGCUCGUUUGAUGGAUUGUCAUCGACGACGCAAGCCCAGCCUAUCGCGAGACCUGCACCCAUUGGAAGACCGUCUAGCAUUGUUCACGGUGUCCGUCAUGGCGAUAAACCCAGUAACGGUGAACCUGACGAAUCAAGUAAACAUCUUGGUAGUAGCGCUUUACUGGAUGAUACUGAUGAGCCUUUGAAUGUUGGAAUGGGCCCACGACGCUCGAGUGCAGCUCCUGGUAAUUCCAGCAGGCAAAAUUUCCUACCACCUCCAUUUGGUAUGGACCGCUCGGAUCCAGCUGGCAUGAUGAGCUCCUUUGGUACAUGGGGUGCACCGCCAAACCCAUUUGGCUCCUCUUCCCUACCUGGAUCCAAUGGUUUUGGCGGAGGAUGGAACACAAGUCUCAAUAUGAACAAUUCAUUCGGUAUGCCGCCUUACUUUCGUCCGUCUCAACCGCGUUCGGUGGCUGUGAGAUUGAUGAUCUGUAUGGCUUGCCAAAACCUCCAGACUUCGACUCCAGACGGAUGGUUAGAUAUCGACUCUAUCAAGAAUGAGGUUGCUCUUCUCAAUCCUCCUAGGGAAGAGCCAGUUUCUGAGAGGGAACUGCUCGAUAUUUGUGACACCGAAGGGAACCAAAUGAAUGGGGGUGGCACCUUUGAGAUCCGUCAUUCCAAUGGCAAAUCCCAAAUCCAUUACGUUAGCGACUCCACACCUCAUGACUUCCGUGCUGUCGGCGCUCCAGGUGAAAUCGGAAGCCCUAUCAGUGGGGGAGCAUCAAGAAAUCCAGGACCUCCUGGCCGAGCUCCAAUUGGUGGAUUUUAGUGGAUAUAUCUAGCCUAGCUUCUUCUCGCUAUCCAAUUCUCAUAAUUUGAGCAUUACACGUUCGGUAUUUUGGAGCUUACUUGUGUUGUGUGCUUGUUUAUUCUCAUGUGGAUGUAAGAUUUGCAUGGCUGGGCAUCGACCAAACAAAAGUCCAAAUGUGGCGCUCUUCAUGAAUUCGCUUACGUUUCUUUGUGUUUUUAUUCUGCCGGUCGGUCUACUCUGGUCUCCCUUGGUUGGGAAGGAGGAAUCAAUCAAUCAAUACCUAGUGGCGUUAUUACGCUGAAUUAUCUUUGCCUGCUUCGUAAAGAAGAGGUGAAUAUCGAAUACCAACAUUUUUUCAGUGUUCUAGU